AAAGGAUAAGCGCAAGAGAAGAAGAAUUCAACGGCAGCGGAUGCCAGAUCAGAAUCCAUUUUCUUUUGCUGCUGCUGCCGACUAAGUUGAACCGCGCUAUGAAUACGCCAGUAAUUUACAACAAUGUCCCCACACCGGGCUGCAUUCAAACGCCGCUUUCAGUCGCAACACCCGACGGCGGCCUGCUCUACACCGGCUUCAAAUGCAUCAAUUAUAUAUCGGCACCGCCCGCCAACGAACAGGAAGCGGCAGAAGUAAAAACCAUGUCGACUCGCAUAACAAUAAGUGCACUCGAUGUUAGCCCACUAUGGGCCAAAACCGAUGCAUUAUCAAAUCGGCACUUUGCCAUCGUCGCCGAGGAUCUAAGCGUUCAGGUUUGGGACUGUGCCCUGGGCGAGGCGAUCAUCGGCCAUAAGGCGCAUCAGCAUCAGCACGAGGCGCGCGAUGUGCGCAUGUAUCCACUGAUAAAUGUGCUCAUGGGCUACGUAGCCAAUGGCAAUAUACUGUCGAUAGAUGCCAGCGAUUUGGUCAUCUACUGCGUCGCCUCCAACAGCUACUGUCGGCGCCCCACAUUUCUAUCGCCACGAAACCAUCAGCUCAGCGUACUCCGGUGCUCGCCCUUCGAUGAGCAUCUGUUCGCGCUGGGGACAAUGGCGGGCGCCGUUCUGAUUUGUGAUCUGCGCAAGAUGUGCAUCGUGCACAAGUUGAAUGCACAUGGCCAGAAUGUGCGCAUUUCCGGCCUGGCCUGGCGCGAGAUGUCCUUUAGCAGCGAGGAUGCAGCCAUGGAUAAAACAGCCAAGCCUGUAACUGAACAGUGGCGCCGUAGUCCAGCUGAUGCACCCGCAUCCUCUAAAGCUCCAUUAAACGCCCAAGUUGCUGAGUCGGAUGAUCCCUUUGAUAUCUAUAACUUUGAUCAUCUGGAGUCGGAGUUCGGUGCGCCUGCGAACGUACGUCCGCCUCUGAUCAGCAAAUCCUCCGAUGACUGCGGUGAUUUUGUUGGCCUGGAGAGACCCACGGACAAUAUGGCCAUUGACUACGUGGAGGCCUGUGAGCGCAUGAAGGCUGAACUAAUGGCUCCGCCCGACAUUCCGCAAGUAGAGGUCACUCUGCAGGACUGUCAGAAAACGGGCACACAUCCUCCACGCAGCGACAGCAGCAACAAGUCGGAGAAAGGCAGUGGCACCCUGGUGAGCGGCUCUAGUGAGGGCAGUCUGGAGGUCAUACAGUUCAGCUACUCCAGUGAUGAUGCCGUCCUUGUGGAUGGCGAGCCGCCAAAGCCCAAACGGGAGGUUCUCCAUCACAUCUAUCACCAGGCCGAGGUGCAUGAUGCACCCGAAUCGCCAAAGCUACAAACUCAGAAUAGGCCCAAUCCUAAGCCGGGCUCCAAGCUGACCAAGGAAGCCAGCAUGGAUGCGCUCAGUUUGAUUUCCACUGAGACGCGCGCAAGACCUGACAUUCUAUUGGUGUCCAUCAAUGACAACGAUGUCAUCACGGUCUGGAAUACGCUAACGGGCGAACACUGCGCCAAGAACUAUAGCAAAAUCAAUGUAACAGGUAAAUCCAGAGAAGUGCAUUGGCUAAAUGAUCAGACCAUUGUGUCCCAGAAUCGCCAACAGUUGUUCUUCUGGUCGUUUGAAUACGAUUCGAAAUCGCAUCGGUAUAAAAUUCAAAAGGAUCAGCUGCACAGGAGUGCGAGUCAGGAGAUUGCCACAUGCGCCGUCAAAUGCGCUGAUCUCCCACAAAUAUGGCUGACCAUGCGGAAUCGACAGGUGGGAAUUCUGAAUCCGCUAAGCGGCCAGCUAAGCGCCACCUAUGGCUGUCUGGCAUUUGGUGUGCGGGCAAUUGCCGAAUGCCCGGAUGAUAUGAACAAAAUCGCAUUGGGUUGCUCGGACAAACGCUUGGCGCUGUUCGACAUAUCCAAGCUGUCGUCACGCUGCAUACCCAUUGACAGCAUCCACGUGAAUAGCGUCGUUUACUCGCUGGCCUGGAGUCCCGACUGCCUGCAGCUCGCCUAUGGCACCUACGACGGCAUUGUGGGCGUUCUGGAUGUGGAACGCAUGCGGGUGAAGACUACGUUUCGUCCGGUGCAGAAAAAGGAGAUCUACUCGCUGAUGUGGCAGGCGAACUACAUCUUCUGCAUUGUGAAUCGCGUGCUGGCCAUCUACGACCUGACGCAGCCCCAGAAAGAUGCCCAACUGCUGCGGUACAUCGAACGUCCCAGUUAUCUGUAUGUGCGUGGAACCUUUCUCUUCGUCGGCACGGAGGAUGGCUUCCUGCAGCUGUACGAGCGCACCGAUAGCAAGGCGUUGGGUUUUACAAGCUUAAAGCAGACGGCGCUGAUUUCGCGUUAUAUCACAGACAUUGCAUUCAAUCCUCUGGAGACCAAUCAGUUUGCCGUUGUGGGCCAUGAGAAGCUGCUGCACGUAAUGGAGUUUCAGGCGCAGCAACGUGGCUGGAUCAAGCUGCAUACGUUCACGGCCAGCGAUCCGAAGGCAUCGAUAACUUCGGUGAAGUGGAGCAAUAUACAGUCGCAUCUCCUGCUCAGCUUUCACAUCGAGGGCAAGGUGUGCCUGUGGAGCACCAAACAGCCGGAGCAACCGCCAUUGACCAUCACCUAUCACUGUCCCAUGUGGUGUGGCCUGUUUCUGCCCUCCGAUGAGAGCAUUGUUAUGUGCAGCGGCAAAACACUGUCCCUCGAACUGAUUAGCAUCAAGGACGCGUUGGCGCAUAAUGAACAGAAUAUAUGCUCCAAAAUGGAUGCGCUGCUUAAGGUCAAAUGGGCCAGCAAGUCUCUCACGCAGCCCCAUAUGCCAGUGCUAAACGCGGCACAAAAGAAGCGACAGCGUCGUGACAAACGCAAGGCAAACCAAGCAGUUGCUGCUACUGCGGCUGCUACUGCGGUUGCUGCUGCGGCUGCCGCUGUUGCCAUGGAACAGCCAGCAUGUAUCAGUGAGCAUACAGCUGAGCCGAGCGAGCAACAGCCACCCAUUGAGUCCAUGCUAGGCGCGCUCAGCCUGGAGACAAAGAGCACCAAUAUCAACUCAGCAGUGGAGUGCAGCAAGUGCAAGGAACUGAAGUCGCAGCCAAAGCUCGACAACUUUUUGGCUCAUAGCCGCACUUGUUUGUGCCUAACACAAAAGGAGCUUAACAAAAGCGCGCUGCAGAAGUUGGCCAUUGUGCUCACCGAGGACGCGGCUAAAAUAGAUAAGGCCGUGCUUAUGUCCAAACUAUUUAGCACCAAGGUUAUGGCCAAGGACUUGAUUGCCACCGAGCUUACCAAUCUCAAGCAUUCCAAUAACAAGGACAUUGCGCCACUCUGCCUGGCUGUAUCCACUUUUAAGGUGCGCGACGAACUGCAGCAGCACAUUGACAACAAAACGCUUAACGAGUGGCAUGUAUCUGUGGCGCCCUCAGUGUCCUUUGUUUUCUGGCAGAAGUGCUGCAAGGCGUACGCCCAACAAAUGGAAGAGCAAGGAUAUAUUUUGCAUGCAGCAACCUAUUUGACGGCCAUUGAUAUGCAGACCGAGGCCAUCGAUUUGUUGUUGAAGCAUGAGUAUUUCAGGGAGGCAUUGGCAAAUGCACGUAUUCAUUUGCCCGCCACGGAUCCGGUGAUUAAAACCAUUAUCAACAAAUGGCUGGAACAGCUCGAAAAAACGGGCAACUUUGCUGCGGCAGCCCUAAUUUGUGUGCUCGACAAUGAGAUGUUGCGUGGUUAUACGUAUCUGCGCAAAUUCCGCAACUGUACUCCGGAAAUUGCAGAUCUCAUGGAGCAGAUCAAGCGCAUAGGACAGCUGGGACCACUGUUUGAUGACGGAUGCCAGGAGACAGCCGAAGCAGCGGAGAAUGGCGGCGAAAAGAACGCUGAAACGGCGGCCUAAAAUACUCACAACUGCCAAAAUACAGAUGUCUGUUUAAACAUAGAUUAAGUUAGAUGAAAUCAACAAAAAAAUACACAUGAAUCAAAUGAGCUUCUCGAUCGAAUGUAGAAAACCCCAAACGGGCAGCUUCCUAACAUUAAAAACGAGUUUUAUUUUAAGUUCAACACUUGAUUUACACCAAAAAAACAUUAAGAAAAUUAUCACAUUAAAAAUAUGUCAUUAAAAAAAAACAUAGAAGAACAAGAACAAAACAUACAAGAGCACAAUAGCUUAAGUUACUAUUAAAUUGAAUAAUGCUGAAGAUAACUUUUCAUCAAUUAUGAUAUUCAAUCGCUUGUAAACCGUUUGACUUUCGGAAAGAAAACGUUACAUGAAUUUAUACAAUGUCCAAGGCACAUUUAGCUAGUAGAAAUCAAACACAAAGAAGAAUACACAUUCAUAUACAUUAAAUGAAAAAAAUACAACCUU